CCUCGCGAACCCUAAGCCGCCGCAGCCUCCUCCCUCAAUCCACCGUCGCCAGACCCAAGAAAAGAGUGAAAACAGAGGGCCAAGGAGGAGAGGAAGAAGGGGGAGGAGAAGAAGGAGAGGAGGAGGGGCCGUGCACCACCGGCGUCCAGCGCCGCCAACGCCGCCCAGGAGGGUCGCGACCGAGCAAGAAAAAGAGGAAGGCCGGCCGCAGCCGCCUGUCACUGGCGACGCCUGCCGCGGAGGAGCGCAGGGAUGCCAUGCCAAGGAGACCGAGCCACCGUUGCUGUACCUCUACAUCACGCCUGCGCCCGAACACCGGUACCACGACACCACGCUAAGCGCCUCGGACCAGUGACGCCACCAAGCCAAGAUGAGGACACAACGCCGAGCGUACCAGGGAGGUCAAGAUCGUCGCCGUCGAGCCUGCGUCGCCUCGGCACGACCACGUCUCGACCCUGCAGUGCCCAGUUCGCCUCCAAGCCAAACUGGGAUAAUGGGACGUUUGGGACGAUUCAAUUCUCGUCGCCGAAAACGUGUCAACAAGGAUGCAGCAGCCAAUGUUGAGGCUGAGGGCCCAAAUCAGGAAGCAGAAAGGCAUGAGGAUGAAAACCAGGAAGGAGAAAUGCGCGAGGAUGGUAGCCCUUCCACGUACCUCAACCUGGACCAAGAUGCUGAUGUAAUUGACUCUUUUUUCUUUCAACUCUGUACAUUAUACAUAUCGGUUGACAUUGCACAUAUCUUUAUAUUUUGUUAUUGGCUCUUGGCAGCAGGUAGCUCCAAAUAUCAGUGAGUUGACCGCAGAACCAAGCCGCAGGGGUAAGCGUGGACCCAACAAGAUGCCAAAGGGCCGAACCCUUAUCAAUGAGCUCGAUGAACUUGGAGAAUGACGAGCUGACCUGCGCCUUGCGAAGAAAAGAGCACCCGGGUCGUACACGAGGCACCGGAUUGGUUCCAUGGGCUGUUUCUUUUGAACAGGAUAAAGGUACAUAUAGAAGUCGGUCGAGGAAAAGGGCCGAACAAGAGUCAGAGUGGCAGGAAAUCCUUGAUACUAUGCGUGCGGAACUAACUGAACAUAGCGACAAGUUACGAGCGGAGUUUGAGGAGAAAUUGAGCAGACUUCCUGUUGCACAAGAUCAAGCUGCCCCUCCAUUCACGAGUCCGACGGGGAUUCGUAGUAGCUGUGGAAGCACCGUGCUUCCUGAAGAACAACAACUUGGCACUUAUCCUGUGGAUGAAAUCACUCACCCAACACCUUGCAAACUAUAUGUCCAGGAUAAGAUCUUUAAGAACAAGGUGGCAACUGGUCAAGCUUGGCCUGGGAAUGAUGUCAUAAUGCAUGGUAAUGGAUUACCUUUAGGCUACGCCAAGCGUGUAGAACUUCGAACUUCAGAGUUGCUACUAAGUGACAUUGUUUCACUUCAAGAGGAGCUUGCUGGCUUUAUUGUUGACCAUGUAGCGAAUCAGGACGCAGAAUUCUGUGUUAUCUAGCUUGAGUAUUUGGUUUUAAAUUUGUGCAUCGUAUUAUGUAUGACUCAUGUCAUGGAUUAUGUUGGAUGUAAGGACUUGCGAUUUGUAAUCAGUGUAUGGACUUAUGGUUUGUAAACUGUGUACGAACGUGUAACACUUUUGUGACUGAAUUAUUUUUAUGUGUUGACUAUGUGAGAUUUGAUGUACUUAUUAUGAGAAUUGUAUCAAAUGUGACUAUGAGAUUUGAUG